AUGACAGGAAAUGCUGCAUACAGAAGAGCUCUAUCAGAAGGAGAGGUGGUGAAUGUUGCUUAUUCACGUGUUCUUCUUCUGGGUACAGCAGGUGUUGGGAAGAGUAGUUUCAAGAAUUCUCUUAUGAAGUUACCAUGGGAUCCUAAGGCUAACAGCACCAUCAUAUCUGAUGUCAGCUGUGUUCGUCCCUUUGCUAAGGGAUUGCUUAGUGAGCAGUGGGAAGCAAUUACUCAUGAAGCUGAAAUUGAAGCAAUGGCACACUUGUUCUCUUCUGUCAGUAAAGGUGAAAUGUAUCGCUCAGUUCUCGUUGAUCCUACUGAUGAUGUCAUUACUCCAUCAACCAAUGACACUGCAAGCAUUAAGUUAGAUUCUGUCCUUAGGCAAAUUAGCACAGCCGCACUUCGAUUUUAUCUUACAUUGGGCCAGUUAGAGCCUCAUCUAUUGAUGCAUUUCUGGGAUUGUGGGGGUCAACCUGCUUUCCUUGAGAUCCUACCAGUUUUUCUCACCUCUCGUACUACAUUCCUCCUCCUCUUUGAUGCCUCUAAAGAUCUCAACAGCAAAUGGCAGUCAGUUCAUCAUAUUGAUGGUAUUCGAUAUGAUGGAGAAGAGGUCAAUAUGUCUACACUUACAUACAUGCUCAAUUGGAUGGCCUGUGUUCACAGUCACCUAAUGAAGUAUGGGGCAGAUGGAAGUAUUCCUGAUUAUCCUCGCAUGUUUUGCAUUGGCACUCAUGGAGACUUGCUAACAGAGAGAAAGAAGGAGCAAGUGAGGAGUGAGUUAAUAUCUCACUAUAAAGAUAAGGAAUAUGUCAAGUUAAUAUCUGAUACCCUCAUCAUUGAUAAUACAUCAUCU